UAUUAAAAAAGAAGAAACAUUGUUUUGUGGCUGAAAAGCUGAACCAGCAAUUCAGGAAAUGGAAUCCAAAUCUAGAAACGUACCAUAUACAAAAUCCGAAGUGGGUGGAUUACAAGUGAUUAAGGAAUGUUAAUUUACAGUAAAUUGAAGCCUUGAAAUGGUAUGCACAAUAAUUGUGCUCUGGUUAUUGUUACAUGACAGUGACUGGCUAGGUACUGAUUUUUUUCUGUAAUCUAUAUAUUCUAGUGUUCUGUGUCCACCCCACUUUAGAGUGAGAGCAGCAAAGAGUCAUCUUAAUUGGCUUUAAGGUAUUGACUACAUUGCUCUUGGCUGGAAAUACAGCCUCCACCUGUGCUGAGGGCCCCUUCCAAGUUCCCUGGGCUCCGGAUUCUCAGGGCCUCAUUUACUUGCCCAUCUAAUCCACACAUCCUGACUUUGGUCCAAUGUGACCCUUGACUCAGACUCCUGGUUUUUAUGGUGCCCAGUCAUUCCUAUCACUGCACUACCAGCCCAUCUGGUCUGCCCCCCAUCCUAGAGUACCCCAAGUCUAACUCUUGGUUUGUGCCCAGAGUAAUAAGAUUUCAUUAGUAACAGAUUUAUCAUUACUGGUUGGGCAGGCUGACGAGGCAGUUCGGCUCUCUCAGCCUUUAUUGUAAAAUGAGGGUAAUGCCUGCUGUUCCGUUAACCUAUAAGAUAUUCGUGAGGCUCAAACAUCUGUGUGUGAAAAUACCUUGCAAAUUACUGUCAAGAACUACCAAAACAUACCAGGAGGUCUUGUGAUGAUUUACGUUAUCAAGAUUAUCCUAGGAUGGCCACAACAUUUAAUAACCUUCCCAUAAAAUGUCCACUAACCUUUCUCGUGCUUUUAGACCGACUGGUUACAGGAUAUAAAUAGCAAAGCCAAUUGGAAUAUUAUUAGAUCUUUGACUUCACUUCGGGUAAAAGAGGCUUUUUUCUACUACUCUGAUGAACCCUAGAGGAAAAGGGCGAGGUCUGCAGGAGACCUGAUCAAGGGCGUGGUGAGGGCCCCCUCGUAGACUCAGCUUAUCUGCUUCCAGAGGAAGUCGCAAGUCCCGGCGUCUAUGGUCACCAUGGUGACAGGAUCAACUUCCGCCCCACCCACCUGCCCCGCGAGGCUCACCAUGGCAACGGGACAUCUGUGUCUCCGAAGCUGGUUCCACCGGUUGCAGGUUGCACCGUUAGGGAACUGCGGCAGACGCCGCACUAUCCCGAGGGGAGACUCGAAAAUGUACAGCCAGCGGUUUGGCAUCGUACAGCGGGAGGUUAAGGGCCCCACUCCCAAAGUGGUGAUGGUGAGAGCCAAGCCUCCCGGAAGCCAAAGGGCUGAGCAACAACUGGAAAGAAUCCUACGCAACUAUCAGAAACAUCAUGCUAUUUUGGAUUCCAUUAAGUCCAUAGAACGGGAACGCUUGAAAGUUGACUGGUGCCAGCACAAUGAUCGCAAAUUUGUGGGCAGUCUUGUGAAAGCAAGAAUGAAGGAUGCCAUGCAAGGAUUUAUCAUCAACACUGAAGAAAGACGAAAUAAGCCUCAUCUCCUGUCCUUGGUUGGACUUGGACACUCCCUGCUGGCUGCAGAAAAGAUGCUGGAACGCUGUGAGGAGCUCCGCACUGAAUUGCUUUCUAUCCAUGAGAAGAAGGUGUGCGAGGAGCGGAAAGCACAGGUUGCGUUUAAUGAGGAGCUGAAAAGGCAAAAACUGGUGGAAGAGCAGAUGUUCUGUAAGCUCUGGGAGGAAGACCGAUUAGCCAAGGAAAGGCGAGAAGCCGGAGAGGCGAGGAGACAGAAAAAGCUAGUGGAGAACACACGGCUGGGGCUGAAUGCCCAGCUCACCGACAUCAACGCGCGAAGGCAGGCAGCGCAGCGGCUGAAGGAAGAGGAGGCGCGCCUUGUGGAAGAUGAAAGAGCUCAGGUGAAAUUUGAGAAUGAGCAGGAUAAGAUAGAGAAACAGAGGACAAAACAGAAACUUAGGACCACUUUGCAAAAAGCCCUCCAAGAGAAGAUAGAACGUCUUCAGCAGGAGUACAGAGAAGAGCAGGACUUGAGCACGAAACUCGUGCAAAUGGCACAGCAAGACUUACAGGACGAGGCUGAUCAAAACAAGCAAAAAAGAGAAGAUAGGAUAAAAGAACAGAAGAUAUAUCAUCAGUAUUUGGCACAGCAGCGUGAGGAAGAAAAUGCUCAGGAAAAAGAAUUGGACAGAAUAUUAGAAGAAGAGAAGGCAAAGCAGUGGGCGGAGAAGGACAAACAGCUGAAACUUGAAAAGGAGGCAAGGAAACAACUUAUGAAUGAGGUCAUGUGUACAAGAAAACUUCAAGUUCAAGAAAAGUUGCAACGAAAAGCGAAAGAACUGGAAGAACGUGCUCUGGAAAAGGAGCACAUACAGGAAGGUCUUAAAGAGCUUAACCGUGAAGAGGAGGAGAAUUUUGUAAGACGCUCCGGGUUAGCCCAGGAGUACCAGAAGGAGCUUCAGAUGCAAAUGUCCUACCAGCAGCAGGCCCGGGAAGCACAGAAGGAAGAGGAGCGCCGGGAGCUGGAAGCAGGGAGAGCAGCAGACAAGAGGUGCCAGGACAAGAUCCAGGAGCUCCUGUGCCACUCCCAAGUGCAGCUCCGAAACAUCCAUCCCAUGCGGAGGGCAUGCCCUGCCAAGCCCCCACCAUAGUUUCAUAAACAUCAGUGUUUUUUUCAGUCUUUUAAUAUUUUUAACUAAAAUACACUUAUAUGUUCCUUUGAGCUCAUAGAUAAACUUCCUUUUUCUCUGAGAUUGCA